AUCGAACGUACGUGACAGAUUAAUUAACGGUUGUAAUGCAUACGUCAGUUAUAUUGUUCAUUUAUCAUGCGUUAGUAUAUCUUGCAAGUAGAAAUAGGUACAAUAGUCAAAACUAAGGAGUUGAGUAAGGUCAAAAUGAUUUUAGUUUUGAUGAUCCAACUAUACCUGGUAUCUGUAGCCUGUCAAAGGGGCGGAGAGUACGAACGUGAAGCUGAAGUCGAAGGCUCUGAGUCCAGAGCUGGUGGAUAUGGAAGGACACGUUAUGAUCCCCCUGUAAGUGGUGCUGGAAGACCGGCUGACGACUAUUAUGAAACUCCGCCGCCAUCGGGUUAUAGUAGAGAUAGAGGAGCACGUGACUACAUUGAUGGCCAAGGAGGUGAAACUACAGACUAUUAUUAUGAUGACACCGAAGAGUAUAAAAGUGACAGAGAAUCCGAGCACACUCAUUCUGAAGAUACAAAAACAACACCACCACCACCUCCACCUCCACCACCACCACCGCCGCCGCCAAAAAAGUCAGGUCACUCAAUGCCUAGGCCUUUGAAGCAGGUACAUCAUUUCAUUUGUAACAUGCAUCCUGCUAAGAAAGGUCAUGCUGGACAUGCGAAGUCACGUCCGAAACGUACUGUUCACCAUCACAAACACUCGACAAAGCACUCGCCUAUUAGUAGCAUGGGACUAAAAUGUGUACCAUACACACCUGCUCAGAGUAAACACCAACCAGCACCUAUGCAUCGACCACAAUCGAAACAUCACCCAUCUAAGCACCAGCCUGCGCCGAAACACCAGCCAGCUCACAAACGACCACCACGACCAAGCAAAACAUCGAGUCACCAUCCAGCUCAUAAACGACCUAUGCAUCAUUCUCCCCCUAAACAUCAACCUCCGCCUAAACAUCAACCUCCGCCUAAACAUCAACCUCCGUCUAAACAUCAACCUCCACCUAAACAUGCUCAUCAUGCUCAUUAUACACACUCUAAGAAAAUGCCUCCAGUACGACCUGCACCUAAAAAGCCAACGCCGAUGGCAACACCUAUGAUGACAAAUAUGUUAACACAAAUGAUGAUGAGCAUGCUUUUAAGGGGAGCUCCUAUGAUGGCUAGCCCUCAAUUACCCAGACCACUGCCAAAAACGAUGGCAAUGAUGCCAAGACCACUGCCAAAAAUGAUGGCAACACAACCGAAGAAAUCAUACGUAGGAUAGCAUUGAGGGAAUGCAACUUUCAUGUUGGUGACAGCUCUCCUAAAUACAAUAAUAUAAUACUAUAAUCACGACCUAAUAAGAUAGUAUUCCUGAAUUUUCUCUGACAAAUUUUGCAAAAAUUCAGACAUAGUUUUAUUAAGACAUUCUGGAUUAAUCAAGUUUGUUUUACGUGCAAAUUGCAAACAGCAGUUGUUGAUUUUUUCAUGAAAACUUUUUUCGAAAUUCUUGAUAAUAAACUUGCUCAGCAGCUUUAUGAGAUAUCGUACUUGUGCAUUUCUGUUGAAAUCUAAUUAUACUCACUGGA